AUGAAAGAAAGGUUGAGGAGAUUAUGGGGGAGCUAUUGGGAGAAGUACUAUGUUGGAGACACAAACAAGGGGGAAGUCAUCCUCAGAAUGAAGAAGUUGGGGGAAGGUGGUGGGGGAGAGUGGAGAGAAUGCAACUAUCACUUCAAAGAGGGGUUGAAGAACAAAAAGAUGAAGAGCGGAUAUGCGAGGAGAGAGUACGGGAGGAGAGAAUUCGGGAAGAGAGGACCCGAGAAAAGAAAAGAAUUCGAGAGGAAAACCGAAUUCGGGAGGAGAACAGGAUUCGAGAGGAGAACAGGAUUCGAGAGGAGAACAGGAUUCGAGAGGAGAACCGAAUUCGGGAGGAGGAAAGAGUUCGGGAGGAGGAAAGAGUUCGGGAGCAGGAAAGGAUCCGAGCAAGAAAAAGAAUUCAAGAAAGAAAAAGAAUUCGAGAGGAGAAAAGGAUCCAAGACGAGAACAGAAUUCGGGAGGAGGAAAGAGUUCGAGAAGAGAACAGGAUUCGAGAGGAGAACAGGAUUCGAGAGGAGAACAGGAUUCGAGAGGAGAACAGGAUUCGAGAGGAGAACAGAAUUCGGGAGGAAAGAAUUCGGGGGGAGGAAAGAGUUCGAGAAGAGAGAAGGAUCCGAGAGGAAAGAAUUCAAGAGGAGAAACGAAUUCGAGAGGAAGAAAUCCAAGAGGACAACAGAAUCCGAGAGGGGAACCGAAUUCGAGAGGAGAAAAGAAUCCGAGAGGAAAAGCGGAUUCGAGAGGAAAGAAUUCAAAAGGAGAACCGAGUUCGAGAGGAAAGAAUUCAAGAGGAGAACCGAAUUCGAGACGAAAGAAUUCAAGAGGAGAAUCGAAUCCGAGAAGAGGAAAGGAUCCAAGAGGAGAAGAGAAUUCGAGAGGAAAGAAUUCAAGAGGAGGAGAGAAUUCGAGAAGAAAGAAUUCAAGAGGAGAACAAAAUUCAAGAAGAGGAAAGAGUCCGAGAAGAAGAGCGAAUACGUGAAGAACGGCGGAUGA